AUGUCCGCCGAUUCUAGUGUUGAUGCCGCCGCACCGGCGCUUAACCUCACUCCCGAAGAGAAGCGAGCAUAUGGUCAACUCUUCAAACUAGCAGACACUGAUAAUGUCGGUGUUGUGACGGGCGAAGUAGCUGUGAAAUUCUUCGAAAAAACAAGGCUAGACUCGCGCGUUCUCGGCGAGAUCUGGCAAAUAGCAGACAAGGAGAAUCGUGGCUUUUUAACGCCUGCUGGCUUCGGGAUCGUCUUGCGACUCAUCGGCCAUGCUCAAGCUGCACGCGAACCAACCCCUGAACUGGCUCUUCAACAAGGCCCCUUACCGCGGUUCGACGGGAUUACCAUCAGUGCCAACGUCCCCCCUGUUCCACCACCUAUACAAGCCCAGGGGAGUGGCAGCGGCCCUAUACGGAUACCACCUCUAGCACCCGAGAAGGUCGCUCAGUAUGCUGUGUUAUUCGAAAGGCAGAAUCUGCAGAAUGGAGGCAUACUACCAGGUGAUCAGGCGAAGAGCAUCUUCGAGAAGUCCGGCCUACCCAACGAAGUUUUAGGACGCAUCUGGCAGCUUGCCGAUACAGAGCAAAGGGGAGCACUUGUAAUGACGGAAUUUGUAAUUGCAAUGCAUCUUCUCACUUCUAUGAAGUCCGGUGCUUUGAGAGGCCUUCCAAAUAUUCUACCUGCCGCUCUCUACGAAGCUGCUACAAGGCGCGGUUCGGUGUCAGGACGAAGCCCUACAGCUAUAGUCCCGCCUGUACCCGCUAUACCGCGACAACUGAGCGGACAGGCGCAACUACGAACGACGAGUCCGCUAGGAAGACCACCUUUUAGUCCUCAGCCUACCGGUGUAGCAGGCGUAGCCCCUCAAACAACUGGAAGUGACUGGGUAAUCACGCCUGCAGAUAAGGCAAGGUUCGAUCAGUUUUACGCCGACUUGGAUAAGACAAACAAGGGAUUCAUCACUGGAGAGGAAGCUGUUCCGUUCCUAAGUCAAUCUAGCUUGCCUGAGGAUGCGUUAGCCCAGAUUUGGGAUCUUGCGGACAUUAAUUCAGAAGGCCGGCUGACGAGAGACACGUUUGCGGUUGCCAUGCACCUUAUUCGCCAACAGCGAAGCAGGCGAGAUAUGCCACUGCCUACGACCCUUCCACCAAACCUCAUUCCUCCGUCCCUGCGAAACCAGCAACCUCGUCCCCCGGUCGGCCCGUCUCCAUUCGAUGUCCCAGCUUCCCCGACGCAGCUACCACCUCAACCUCAGCCGAUACCCCAACCGAUACCCCAGCCGAAAUCUGCCAUUGACGAUCUAUUUGGUCUUGAUGCUUCCCCUAGCCCUGCUCCGUCCCAAAUUCCAGUAUCAACAGGAGGUUCAGCAGCGAGAGAUCCGUUCGCUAGUGGACCGCCAGCCUCCCCACUUCGCGCUUCCCCUACCGCUAAUACAUUCAAGCCCUUCGUUCCAUCUUCUUCCUUUGGUAGAACUUUGACAUCUCAUGACACCGGGGGAUCGAGCGGUUCCGCGCAGCCUCCAAGGGGACUUGCUCCUCCUAUUGCCGCUACCGAAGAUCUUCUUGGAGACAAUGAUCCUGAAAUUAGUAAAAAACUCACAAAUGAGACAACUGAGCUAGCCAACCUGUCUAACCAGAUUGGUUCGUUGUCGAAGCAGAUGCAACAGGUUCAAGGACAACGUGGAUCAACACAGAAUGAGAUUAACCAGGCGAGCGAGCAGAAGAAGAACUUUGAACAACGCCUAUCUCAACUACGCGCAUUAUACGAGAAGGAAGCCCAAGACGUCCGGGCUCUAGAAGAGCAACUUAGAAACGUGCGCGAAGAGACCAAAAAGCUUACCAAUGAGUUGAUCGUAAUCGAUGGCACCUAUAAGGACUUGCAGAGCCAGCACCAGCAAAUAGCCCAGGCUCUCCAAGCCGAUCAACAAGAAAGUGCAACUCUCAAGCAACGGAUCAGUUCUGUCAACACUGAGAUUGCGCAAUUAAAGCCACAAGUGGAAAAAUUAAGGUCGGAAGCUCGGCAACAAAAAGGAAUGGUUGCUAUUGGCAAGAAGCAGCUUUCUACGGUUGAGGGUGACCGAGACAAGCUAAAGAGCGAAGUCGAGGACCUCACAAAGAGCAACGAGGAGCUUUCCCGACAGAUUAACAGCAACUCUCCAGUAGCGACCUCCGCCCAGGUAGCUAGUCCAGCACCGUCAACUACCAGCGCAAAUAAUCCAUUCUUCAGGCGGACCGGAAGUACAGACAUAAUGGGCACAUUCACAUCGCCUCCUGUGAAGCCGUAUGGCGAAAAGUCUUUUAACGACAUCUUCGGUGACUUCGGGGCCGAGAGUACUUCAACUCCUCCGGUAACUUCAUUUAAACACCAAGACACUGGUGGCUCAACAGCUAGCAUUGGAUCUUUUGCUACACCGACAAGUUCUACGCCUACUCAGCCUAACCCGAGUUUCGCACCCUUUGGUGAGGCGUCCGAGACCCUAUCGCCUUCACGUCAAGUUUCUCCCCCCGUUAGUAGGUCUGGUGAAAGCGCCGCAACUCCCUCUGCUUCGGUUUCUACUCCUGCCCCGUUGGAGUCCGCAUCCACUGGUCAAAGUUUGGCCUCGGCGUCGGACACCAACCAAAGAUGGUCUCCUACGCAAAGCGAAGAGAGAUCAAAGACCCCUGGUGAUGGAUCUAUGCCUGGCGCAUUCCCUGACGAGACCCCCACAGCCCCUGCUCCUACCACGCCUUACGCUAGCAAAAGGGAUAGCGACCUAUUUGUGAACAUGAAAGAUUCUGGCAAUGCGAAGGUAGAUUUUGAUUCUGCAUUUGCAAGCAUGGGCAGUACUUCGGGUAAGCCUCAAGAAAAGUCGACUCAGGACAGCUCCAAGGUAUUCUCAACCUUCAACUCGGAGUUUCCUCCUAUUUCCGAGCUUGAGAGAGAUGACGAGUCAGACUCCGCCAGCGAGGGUAAUCGAUUUGAUGAUGAUUUCGCACCCGCAUCCCCCGCCGACAAAAAGACCGAGGCCAAGGAGCUCCAAGCUCCGGCCUCUCCGGCAGCCUCGAAGUCUAGCGCUGCCGUAACUGAUGGCCAAGCCGCAGAGAGCGUAACUUCUGCGUCUCAUGCUUCCCACGCGUCCAAUGACUUACCAAAUUUCCCUGAGCCGCCGAGAGCCUCUUCAUCUUUCUCUUCUCCAUCAGGGACUGGAGAAUCAUUUACCCCUACUCCGACUACACUGACAAAUACAACCACUACUGCACAUAAGAAUGCAUUCGAUGACCCCGAUGACGAUUUCGCCGACCUCGAAGACGCUAAAGAGGGUUCAGCAGACGAUGAGUUUGCUAACCUAUCCAGAUCAAAUCUUGAUGAUUUCAACCCUGUGUUUGAUAGCAGUCCGCCUCCAAGCCAGCCCAAGAGCGAAUCGACUAAUGUUUCAAAUGCAUUUGGUAUUGACAGCAGCUAUGAUUUCGGCACAGUAUCAUCUGCAUCGGGUACUACUGCUGGUGGCGCACCAACUAAUAAUACAAACACCUCCUUCUCCGGCCAAGCUCCCGCAGCACCAAACAACCAAGACUGGGAAGCUCUUUUCUCUAGUUUCGACUCGCCGAGUGACCCACCCGCAAAGACCAAUGAAGAUAACAAGAGUCCUGUUCAAAGUCCAAGCUCAGGUAGACCUAGUACCGCAGGAAGGGCACUGAGUGACGAAGGAAAGCAUGACGACCCCAUCGUUAAGAACCUUACUGGUAUGGGCUACUCAAGGACGGACGCGGUGAAUGCCUUAGAGAAGUACGAUUAUAAUCUCGAGCGGGCUGCAAACCACCUCGCUAACCAGUCCUAA